CCCGCCGCUGUCUUCCUUCCGCAGACAAACAACAUGAAACUGACACUGCUCACAUUUGCCGUCCUCAUCGUCGCCACCGUCCGCGCCGACGGCUACGGAUCGACGCAGGCGCCGGGUUACUUCACGACACAGGUGUACGGUCCCGUGAGCAGCGGCGGCCUGCGCGGGUUGGGAGAGCGCAAGGCGUCGCUCAGCUAUGACAGGUCGGGAACGGCGAUCGGAACAGCCUACAACCAGGACCAGGCAACGGCAGACCAGACGGCAGCGAAGAGCCGCGAGUACGACUACAACUACAGGUCCGGUUACAACUACGAGCAACCCAAGACCCUCUACAACUACGACCUUAACGAGCAAAUCUGGGGACUCAGUGACAACUCUGACGUCUACACUGGAGAGGGCGCCACCAGUCGUGGUAUCGGCAGCGUCGGUGGUUUCUCCAGCGGGGGUCUAAGCAGCGGUGGUCUAAGCAGCGGUGGUUUCUCCAGCGGGGGUCUAAGCAGCGGUGGUCUAAGCAGCGGUGGUUUCUCCAGUGGGGGUCUAAGCAGCGGGGGUCUACGCAGCGGUGGUCUAAGCAGCGGUGGUCUAAGCAGCAGUGGUCUAAGCAGCGGUGGUCUAAGCAGCGGUGGUCUAAGCAGCGGUGCCGCCUUCGCUGGAUUCGGCAAUGGCGGUCACUUUACCGGACUCGGGAGCGGCGCCAGCGUCGGUGGUGGCUACGCGCAUGCGCAGCAGCAACAGCAGCCACAGCAACGGCAGCAGCGGCGAUGCAUCUGUUACUAAGCCGGCCACCACCCCAUAUGAAUACAACGGGAGAACAACGGAAUCCGAAAUAAUUUUCAUUUUGAGAAAACAUGGAUAUGGACACGUUCUGAGCGCGUUAGUAGUUGCGCGAAGAUAGCUGUACGCUCCAGUAUACAUAUGUUCAAUAAUAUGUUCAUGGUAGCAUAGACAUUGCAUGUGAUGCGAUGUCGCGAUGAUACGUAGAUGUAGAAAUUAGAGAUGUGUGUAUUUAAUGAUGGCCUUGAUAAUGACACAGUUGCUGAUUAUACACCGUGGUGUUUGUUUGUAAAACGUAAUUAUUGUGUGGGACAGUGUAAAGCAUACUUGUAUAAAAAUAAAAAAACAAUCACUCGAUUAUCUAUAUA